AUGUUCUUUUCGUUACUACUGCUAUUCUUGGCAGGCUUGGGUGAGGCUCAGCACCGAGAUGCGCCGACUGUCUGGAACGAGAGCAUGAGCGAUACCAAACCAGUCGAUUUCUCGCUUUUUCGGCGGCUGGACAAAGGGAGAUGUGACAAGGACAACCCUUGCACUGGAGGCGAGUGCUGUUAUGGGCCAUCAGGCUUUUGCGGAAUUGACGAAGAGCACUGUACCAAGCCUGGCUGUAUCUCAAAUUGCGACAAGCGGGCAGAAUGUGGUGCCUGGGCCACGGAACCUGGCACAGAAUGCCCACUGAGGGUCUGUUGUAGCAAAGCCGGUUACUGCGGCGUCACAGAUGACUUCUGCAAUACCGGUAAGGGCUGCCAGAGCAACUGUCCACAGCCAGGCUCCACUGGCCUGAACACCGGAGAUGUCACAAACAUUGUCAUCGGAUACUAUGAAUCAUGGGCUCCAUACAAGCGCGGUGCCUGUCCCAAGCGAGAUCCUUCCUGGAUCAAAACUGACUCCAUUACUCAUCUUAAUGUGGCCUUUGCCUACAUUCUACCAGAAAGUUUUGAUAUUGUGCCAAUCGAUCAAUCAAGCGAUGAAAUCUUUGAGCAGAUCAUGCAACUCAAGGAAAACGCACCUGGACUCAAGAUAUGGCUGUCGCUUGGUGGCUGGACGUAUUCCGAUAACGGCACAACCACGCAACCGGUUUGGGGGGACUUGGCAAGUAGUCCCCAGAAGAGAUCAAAGUUCAUUGUCAGUCUCGUGAAGUUUAUGACAACAUUUGGCUUCGAUGGCGUUGAUCUCGACUGGGAGUAUCCCGGUGCCCCAGACAGAGGUGGGCAAAAACGAGACACUGCCAACUAUGUCUCUUUGCUACAAGAUAUUCGGACUUGGUGGACAGCCCAGAGCAAUGGCUGGGGACUUUCUUUCACUGCUCCCACGUCAUACUGGUACCUUCGUUGGUUUGAUAUUGAGAAUAUGGCCAAGCAUGUUGACUGGGUCAACUUGAUGACCUAUGACCUCCACGGGAGCUGGGACUCGCCCGAGGAUCAAAUCGGUUCCUUUGUGUACUCCCACACCAACAUGACCGAAAUCACCGCCGCUCUUGAUCUCUUUUGGCGCAAUAACGUUCCGGCCAACAAGAUAAACCUUGGAAUCGGCUUUUAUGGUCGAUCGUAUACCCUGGCAGACCCCUCUUGUACGCUUCCAGGGUGUCCGUUCACCGAAGGAGGUCGUGCUGGUAGCUGUUCUGGACAGUCUGGUAUCCUCAGUUAUGAUGAGAUAACAGACUAUGCGGAGACGUACAACGUCAAGUCAGUCUACGACAAAGAUGCUGCGGCCAUGUACUUUGCUUUCGACAAAGACCAGUGGGUCUCCUAUGAUAAUGCCCAGACAAUCAAGGAAAAGGUUGACUAUGCGAACAAGAACGGUCUACUCGGGUUGUUCGUUUGGGCGCUGGAUCUGGACAACGACAAAUACGAAGCCCUAGCUGCUCUUCUGGACACGAAGGGAGGGCUCGGAGCCUUCAGGGAGCAGAACGGUGUGGGCCCAUCGGACUCUGUCGAUUGGCAGCCUUCCGAUGGCGCUUGUCAUCUCAGCGCAUGCGGAACGAACUCUGGAUGCUCCGGCUCCUACAUGAGUGUCGGCGCAAAGAUCAGGUGUGACAAUGAGAACGAACAUCGCUGGGUAUGUUGCCCUCGCGACAAUGCCCCCGAUGCCAAAUCCUGCAGAUGGCGCGCGUCUCUCGAGUCAUGGGCUGAUCAAAAGGCGGCCGCUUGUACGGACUCGUGUCUCAGUGAUGAGCUGCUCGUGGCCCAAAGCAAAUGGUACAUUGAGGAGAAAUGGGGUGAUAAGAAGUGCACAAGCGGCUUCGCUCAGUAUUGCUGCGAAACGACUACCAACGCACAAAAGGCCUGUGGAAAGAUGGACGGGAAGUGCAUCGGUAUUAAGGACGGCAAGCCGGAUGGAGACGACCCUUGCAAAGCCGACGGUCGGGUGUUCGUGACCUACUCUCAGGAUACUUGCCCUGAUGGAUCUUGGCGGCCGUGGUGUUGCGAGAGCGACUAUGAUGCAUCUUCGUGCGGCUGGCAAGGCCCUGAUGGCGAUGAACAGCCAUCCACCGACUGCGAGAAUGCCAAAUACUGCCCAGGUAAAGUGAAUCUGGGAGACUCCAAGAAGGGUGGCGGAACCGACUGCAUGCAUAAGUACUACAACCCGGCUGUCGGCCCAUGGUAUGGACUCAGCCAUCCGGCGCCGUACCCGCGUGCCUUCUGCUGCAAUAUAGGGGACCAGGUCAUCUACAAGAAGAAGGCUCCGGUGCCACUAGCUUGGCUCUUCCCAGAUCCUGUUCCCGACUCUGACAAGCAAGACUUUGAGCUUGACAUCGAGAGCGAUAUCAACGCCGAUCAGGACCCGAACGAAAACGGCUUCGGAUUUGUGAUGAUGACUGGCCCCGCGAAAGACCUCGCGUCGUUGGAUAAACGGGAUGGCUCUCACUGGGAGCUUUACGACUGUCCCGACAGAGAUACGAUUGAGGAGGACCACCGAAUCACGGUGCGGGCUACCUGCACUGAUGACUCGCCUGACAGCAAUUGCCAUAAGCUCUUCAUUGGCGGUGUCUCCGAUACUGUGGUCGAAAUGCCUCACCAUUGUGGCAUUGGCCGCUACGCAAUGGCGGUGAGUAUGGAGCCAGCUCAAAAUCAGACGGUCCCCAAGAAGCUUGUGAAGAGAUUGGUGAAGCGCGGUGCCAAUCUCCAACGGACGCCUACCAUCUAUGACUUCACCUUCGACUACGGUUUUGAACGCCUACACGGCCGCUCAAGCAACGAUGUCCAGAUCCGCAUAGACUACUCCGAGGAUCCGGGCUAUUGGAAAGCUUUUGUGAAUAAUGAUCCUCACAAUGAUCCCGAAAAGUCGCUGCGCAAGCGUGAUCAGAUCCUGAACGACAUGGAGCUCGAAGUUCAACGCAAUCAUGGUGGCUCGUGGAGGAGAUACGCCGAGCAUAAGUACCGCAAGGACAAGCGUGAGACGCCACCCGAGAGGAUGGAAGAAUUCAACAAACGCUACUACGAAGGAUUCACUGGUGACUUCUUUGACGCUCAGGACUGGCUGAAUCAGAAAGAGUUCAACCAAGAGGUCGAGCUUGGAUCCCACCACAUCACCAGCCAUUUUCCCUUCUAUCUCUUCAACGAGCACCUGCAGUGUUCGCUCGCUGGGGUCCCAUACACUGCGUACUUCAUGGCCUGGGCCGAUCUUCACGUCGAUAUCCAGACAUCAGCACAGUUGACACUCAUUGGGCGUUUGAAUGAUCUGAAUAGCUGGAAGCAGUCGCAUGUUCUCGUCCGCAACAAGGGCUCAAUUCAGGCAGGGCUGCACUUGGAAGCACAAGCCCAGUUGCGGUUCUCUACCGGGCGACUAGAACUGUUCGGAUUGGCCAACUUUGCGGGCGCUUUCAACGUACCUGGAAUCGUUACAAUUGGACCAAACCUUCGGAUUACAGGAGAAUUGGUGGGAACCUUCACUGUUCACACCCAAGCACAUUACAACCUAGAGCUCCCUAGCUGGGACUACACGCAACGAUAUCCCAAUCCGAAUAACGACAUCCUUUCGGGCCUGACAACCACGUCUCACAUGGACGGCAUCCCAGGUGCGGCUCCAGAGCCAGGGAAGCCUGGCUUCUACGCCGAUGCUGGGGUUGAAGGGGACAUCUCUUUGAAAAUCACUCCACUCGUGGAAUUCGGCAUCCGUUGGAAUAAGAAGUACAAGGUUCAAGACACCAGCAUAUCAUUGCAACUAGCGACCUAUGCAACGCUUUUUGGCAGCGCCGGUGUCAGUACGACCAGCGCAGCUGAAGUUUGCUAUGGUGUGAUGUGUGGCGCAGAGCUAUUUGCUCAGCUGGAAGGACCAUCGAUAUUCGGAGUCAACCCUAACCGCCGAUGGUCAUUCUACAGGAGAGAUUCCCAUCGCACGCUAAUUGUACGAGCUAUCAAGCGGCUGGAGGGCGUAAUCGGGCUUUGUGUCUGCGAAAUGGGUGACGGCGGUUGGCAUCUCCCAGACAAUGAGGACCUGUCGGACCCGCUACACGACGUCAAGACAGUGCGUGAACUCUACCUGAAGGUCAACCCAAAGUAUGAAGGUCGAUUCACAGUACCGGUUCUCUGGGAUACGCAAACCGCGACUAUCGUGAACAACGAAUCCGUCGACAUCAUCAAAAUGUUCUACAGUGAAUUCGACCAUCUCCUUCCGGAGUCCGAUCGAGAGGCGAACAGGCCAGGCGGCGGGUUUUAUCCGGAACGUCUGAGGAAGGACAUUGAGGAAAUCAACGACUGGGUCUACGACACCGUCAAUAACGGCGUGUACAAGUGCGGAUUUGCCUUCACGCAGAGCGGGUACGAGGAGAACGUGGUAAAGGUGUUUGAUUCACUGGAUCGCCUUGAAAGGAUUCUCGAGGACAAGUCCUUCCUACUUGGAGACCACAUAACUGAUGCGGACGUGCGACUGUUUCCAACCAUUGUUCGGUUCGAUAUUGCCUAUGGGCCCAUAUUCAUGUGCAACUUAUGGACGAUUCGACACGACUACCCGAACCUGCAUCUGUGGCUGCGAAGGUUGUACUGGGAUCAAAGCGACCGCACGCAUUGGGGCUUCUGUAGCACGACUCAGGACUGGAUUGCAAGGUACAAGGAGGGCUACGCGCAAGCUAGGGUUCGAGUACUGGGAAUCGAAGGGCCAUUGAUCGUUCCAAAGGGCCCGCGAGUUCUGAUACACAAGCUGGGAGACAACGAAAAACUCUAG